CACAUUGCGAGUUGGGCUGCGAAAAAAUUGGUUAAAUUAGCGGAUGCUCCGGCUUUAGUAAAUGCAAAAAGUGUUAACAAACUACAUUCUGUUUCAAAAACGAACAGCAUUUCGUUUUUGUUGCAUUUUUGUGCCUCUAUCGAAAAGUGAAAACAACAUUAUAUGAAACGUCAGUUUUUGCGAGUGACAAAUAUUGGUAGGGUAGCGGGUGCGAGGAAUGUGUGUAUGUGUGCUGGAAUUCGCAUGUGUGUGUAUGUGUGUGACCAAAAAAGCCGACAUCAGCAGCAGCGCAGCAACGUCGAAGUCAGCGGCAAAAACAGAAAACGUUGCGCCCAUUUUUUGUUGUUGAUUCAUUAAAUACGCUACAUACACACCAAGGCAAAGAAGAGACACACACACGUCCAACGCGUAUGUGUGUGCAAAUACGUAUACUCCGUGCAUGUGUGCCUGUGAGUUGGAGCCGUCAGUCCAGCGCCAUAAGUAGCAGUAGUAUUAGUCUCUCCGUAUUGGAUCUCAAACACACAUACACACGCACGCUCGCAAACGCCGACGUCCCCACCACAUGCAUGGCUUUAGCUCCGGCCACUUGAAGCAGCCGCUGCCGUAGCAGCAGCAAAGAAACAGUUACCGCACGAAGAGCACCGCAAAAGCAACGUCACACGUUUGUCAUCGUGCUGGGAUUUAAAAAUAAGAAAAUUUCUAUAUAUUUUAUAUACAUACAUAUAUAAUACGCGACUGCAGAUAAAUUCAAAGAUGAUAUUGCUGGAAAUCAAUAAUCGAAUCAUUGAGGAAACACUGCUGGUUAAAUACCGCAAUGCUCAGGCCGGACUCAAACCAGAAUCGAUAGACAUACGAAUAGCAGACUUUGAUGGCGUGCUCUAUCAUAUUUCGAAUGUGAAUGGCGAUAAAACAAAAGUGCGGACGAGCAUUUCGCUGAAGUUCUACAAACAGCUGCAAGAGCAUGGCGCGGACGAGUUACUGAAGCGUGAAUAUGGCAGUUUACUGACAGACACCGAGGAAGGCUACAAUGUUUCUGUACUUAUCAAUCUGGAGGAUAUACCCGCGGAUUGGGAGAAGAUAGCAAAAAAAAUUGGACUGCUGAAACGCAAUUGCUUUGCAUCAGUGUUUGAAAAGUACUUUGAUUUCCAGGAGCAGGGCGAGGAGGGCCAAAAACGUGCCGUUAUCAAUUAUCGCAAUGAUGAGACACUCUAUGUAGAAGCCAAACCGGAUCGUGUCACUGUAGUCUUCAGCACCAUCUUCCGAGAUGAGGACGAUGUUAUCAUUGGCAAAGUAUUUAUGCAGGAAUUGAGAGAAGGUCGACGUGCUUCGCAUACAGCGCCACAAGUGCUCUUCUCGCAUCGCGAGCCGCCAUUGGAACUGGCAAAUACUGAUGCCAGAGUUGGUGAUAACAUUGGAUAUGUAACGUUUGUGCUCUUCCCACGUCACACCAACAAAGAAACACGGGAUAACACGAUCAAUCUAAUACACAUGUUCCGAGACUAUUUGCAUUAUCACAUUAAGUGUUCAAAGGCUUAUAUUCAUUCGCGCAUGCGAGCAAAAACCUCAGAUUUUCUUAAGGUGCUAAAUCGUGCAAGGCCCGAGCCCAAGAAUACGGAGAAGAAAACUAUAACGGGGAGAACAUUUUAUCGCAAGGAAUGAUGCGAGCAGUAUAUUUAGUUGUUUUUUAUAUAAAUGCAAAAAAUUAAAAAAAAUAUAUAUAUAUAUUAAUUGUAUUACAGCAGAAUUUAGGCAGAAGAAAUCAUGAAAUUCUUGCGGAAAAUGUUUCAAAAACUACAUAAGUGGUGAAAAACAAAACAGAAAGCAGCGAAGUAAACUGCAAAUAUUCCAAAACGAUAAGCUAUUGUGUAAGCUCAACAAAUGAUUAUGAACAAAGGAGAUAAUAGUUAUGCGUUAGUAUUGAAAUUGAGCUCUGUGUGUGUGUUCUGUGUCAGUCAAGAGUCAGCAAAGUGUUUUUUGUUUUUGUUACAAACCUACAUACUUACAUACAUAGCCAAGAGUUGUCAGCUUCAGAUUCAAAGUCAGAGUAGGUGUUGCGUCAAUAUAUCACGAACUACAAAAGAAUUGUGAAGCAAAACAUUUUAAACUAAACAUAUAACCUAAAAUUAAGUCCCAAAAAUAAUUGAAAGCGUUCUUUGUGAAGCGCAAGAAACUGUUUGAGAAUGUCAUUUGAAACGAAAAAAUGAAAAUAAUUAAUUACACACAUACUUGUUAAUGUCGCAAUUCAAAUGCUGCCCUCACAGACCUACUAGCAAUGUAAAACACAAUAAAUAAAGAAAACAUAAACUUUGAUACAUCCGAAAAUGAGAAAAAGAAACCUAAUAAAAUCCGAAAAGAAUUUGCAA